GCGAUCGAUCGGUGAGUGACGAGGACUCCUCGAUCCAUCAGAAGGGAUACCCGGUGGUGGUCCCUGCGCAAAGAAAUGAAUCCCUUGUCAUGUCUAUCCUAGUCUCUGUUCAGCAAAAAAAUCAAAAGACAAAGAAGAAAAAGGAAAAAGAAUCAACGGGAGCCCCACUACUUCAAAUCAUCCUUUUCCUACCUUUUCUUACGUGGUAUGCUCCAGCAAAGUCUACUUCCACACGUCCGUUUUUACAUUUCG